AUGACUAGAACGCCCGAUACUGCUACAACUGAGAAAGAAAUUUAUACUACAACAUCUGGUAUUCCUACAACUGGUAAGUGCAACGCAUAUUUUAAAUUAAAUAUCUUCAUUUUUUUAAUAUUGCAAAUUAAAGUCGAUGAAAAUUCCUGUCAAAGACUAAAGCUUGAGAAGCUUCUUUUCAAAAGUAAUCUACUCGCGCAUGUGGAAUUUGAAAGAUCAUCUUGGCUGCCGCUCAAGUUUAAUUACACAAUUUAUUUUCUUGACCACAUAAUUGUUCAGCUGGGGAGCAUGCAGUCGCUUUCAAUUUUGUUAGCUAAACAUGCAUAAUGUCGCUAAAAUAUGAAAAACAUUUUCAUAUUAAGAUUUAAAUAUCAUGAAAUAUCCAUGUAGAGAACUUGAGAAAAAUGUAACCUAUAUCGUCCUAUAUCUGUAAAUCGCAUGGAGAUUUCGCCCUGAUUAAUUUUCACAAGUUUGCUUUUCUCCGCUAAACGGAAUCAUAUCGCCAAAAUGGUUGAUAAACUUGACGCAUCCAACCUGUGUCUGAUAAAAUGCGGCUCGCUUUCGGUUCUCCUUGCAAAAUCUCGGAUACAGAUUGAUUAAACAUUCAUGCUUUAUAAAUGCUAAAAUAAUAAUUUUUAUAUUGAUAUUUUAAUUGAUAAUUUGCACUAUAUUAGAGAGUACAAAAACUCCGAAACUUAUUUGUUAGCCACUGAAAUGUUGUCAGCAAAUGCGACACCCAAUCCCCCCCCAACCUCAGCCUUUCGCUACGACCCUGGAGAGACGGUAUCCACCAAGGAUUACUUGAAAGGUGGGUCGUCUCCCUUGCAGGGAAUGCUGGGAUAAGUAAAAAUCUAUCUUCAUAAUGAUCCAUUUCAUUUCUUGAAAUUUAUUUAGUUCCUCCCCAACAUAAUGAAUGCUUUGGACAUACAUGGCUGAAUGAAAGCAGCAGAAAUAAAAAAUAUUCAGUAUCAGAGUCAAAUUGUGACGACGGUCUUUCAGGAUGGUACAGAUUUGGAGGAGGAGCUGGGAUUAAAAUGGCAUCAUCGUGUGUACCUGCGAGGAGUUGUGGAGCUAAUUUCCCAGGUUGGACGUAUGGUGCUCACCCUACAGUUGCUGAUGGCAAGGUGACCAGGAGUGUGUGUUACACUUGGUUCAGUGAUUGUUGUUUUUUCUCAAACGGCAUCGAGGUUGUGAAUUGUGGACAGUAUUAUGUUUACAAACUAGGCCCUCCUCCUGGUUGUAGUUACAGAUAUUGUGGAUCAGAUAAUUGA